AUGGCUUUUGCGAUUGCACAGAAGCUUGUCACUCUGCCUAACAGCUUCUCCGCGGCUCUGUCCAGGUCUCGGUCAGAACCCUUCCAUCAAAACUGCUCUCCGUCUCGUGUCUACACUCACAGUCUCAUAAUCAGAUGUUCAGCCAACGAAUCCUCGACGUCAUCAGAAGGCAGCAACGAGUCAGACCGCAGCAACCUAACAAAGAGCUUUCCUGCCAGCAACUCAGGUUCUCAGGACUCACGAUGCCCACAAGACUUGGAAGAUUCACGAAAUCCGCGUAACUUUCCAGGAGCGGAAGCUGGGUCUGUUGCUGAUGCUAAGCAGGAUAACUCACGUGCGAUUCCCCGAAGGUUCUUACUCGGUGGAGCCACAUUAGCCGGAGCGGGGAUUCUUCUAGAAGGUGGAGGCGACAGAGCGGGCCGGCCGUUACGCAGUAACACAGGCCGGCGAUGGUCUAUCCAGGGUUCGGGUAACGCGACUCCCUUACCGUUACCGUUACAGCCAGAUGUUGACUCUCUCCCCGGGGAGUUGAGCAGCCUGCUAGACGACAAACAAGGCCUGUGGGUGUCUGAAUCGGGGUCUGCCGCCCGGCUCGUUCCUGUUCACGAGGGGUUGAUUGCGGAGAAGAGAUUCAGCGAAUUUGGACCGUACGAUGUGGAGAAUCUGUACCAUCAGGAGCACACGUGUGCAUCCUGCUUCCCGGACUGUGCAGCAGGCGGCUGCUUGCUGCGGAUAACGGUGACGUACCCAGCGAGGAUGCGACACACGUCAUGGACGCCUCAAUACUCGUUACAGGAGGACAAGUUCCCGCUGGCCGUGUUCAGCAGCGGGUUCCUGCUGGACUCAGCUCAGUACCGCAGCUACGCCCACCACCUCGCCAGCUGGGGCUUUGCUGUAGUCACCUACAAUAAGGUGGAGGGGCUGAUGGGGCCUCUGGACGACAUCAUCUGUGCGCGGUUCAUCACAGAGCUCAUCAACUGGGCUGGCACCAGCCACUUGCUUCGCAGGAUAGCGGACAACACCCGCGUCUACCUCUGCGGCCACUCCAGAGGGGCCAAGGUGAGCGUGCUGGCAGCAGCCAUGGACCCUCGAGUGCUCUCCCUCGGCCUUGUCGACCCUGUGGAUAACACAAUCUAUGCGCCUCUGGCCCCCGGGUACCCUUCAGCAGUGGCAGCUAUGAGGGCAGGCAACAGCGCCAUAGAGCACCUCCUGGCCGAUGCCAGCCCCGCCAACCAGGGACUCGCCGUCUCCCUCCCCACACUCGUUGUCGGCGGCGGCUACCCCGGCGACUGCGCCCCUGCGGCCUCCAACUACCGCUGGUUCUUUAAAGAGGCUGGCAACCCCAGCUGGGAGGUUGUGCUGCGAGAUGCGGGGCAUUUCCAGUUUUUGGACUCGCCGCCGGUGCUGCAGGCGGCUGUGUGUGGGCUGGGGCCGGCGAAGGAUGAGGAUGUGAGGCGGGCCACCAAGGCGUGUAUUGCCGCUUGGGGGCAUGCAACUGAAAUAGGAGAGGAUAAGCUGAUUCGCUCAGAAGACCUGCGAUUGGCCGUUGCAGAUGCUGUGGAUAAGGCUUACGAGAAGGCUGUGCGAGAGGCAGUGCAGCAGCGUACAGAACUGGAGGAGGGCGUGAGGGAAGCGGAGCAGCAACUGUACGACCUGCUGGGGCCCGAUGCAGAGUGCCUCGUGGCGCCCCAUUCUCUCCCGCUGCAAGAGCGGCUGGACGUCAACCUCUCCCAUCUGCACCAGCUGGAAUCGGUGAGUGCUGCUACAUUCCUGCAUGCACCGAACAUGCAUACUUGGCCCGAUGCAGAGUGUCUGGUGGCUCCCCAUUCUCUCCCGCUGCAAGAGCGGCUGGACGUUAACCCCUCCCACCCGCACCAGCUGGAAUCGCAACGGGAGGAGGGGAAGGGGUGGCUGGCCGGGCUGGUGGUGCUGGCAGAGCUAGGGAGGAAACUCGUCUAUUGCUCGUCGCUGCACCUGCCUCUUGAGAGUCUCAAAAUUCCUGCCAAUUUCCUCCCUCUGUGCUCCUUUCAUUUCUCCGCUGCAGCAACGGGAGGAGGGGAAGGGGUGGCUGUGCGUGUUGCUGGUGCUGGCAGAGCUGAGGCGGCAACUCAUCUGCCUGCGCUCGUCAAUUUCCUUCUACUUUUCCCACAUUCCCCCCAUUUUCCUCCCUCCUUCCUCUCACUCUCCUCCCUCCUUCCACCUAAUUUCUUCUCUCCUUCCUCCCGUAUUCCUCGGGUGCAGCAACAGGAGGAGGGCAAGGGGUGGUUGGGAGGGCUGGUGGUGCUGGCGGAGCUCAGGAGGAAGUUCAACUUUUGA